AUGGCCAUGAUCGUGAGUCCCAUCAGUCGUGACAUCAUCUGUCAGCGAUACGUCCUUGACGAUAGCCGUGAGUUUUACUGUUUUUUGAAUUUGAUCAAGUUCCGUUUCCUGACCCUCAUUCGCAGCUUUUGACUUUUCCUUCUUCACAACGUCUUUUCGCUCUAACUUCCAAUGUGAGGAACACAAAAAAGUAACUUGAAAUUUUUAACAGAACGAACCUAGAACAUUGUAUUACUGCGAUUUUCAUAUUCUAUACUGUGAAAAAGCUUCUCGACAGUCAGCUUUCAUUCCACGCCAUUUUUCUCUUUCUUGAAUAAAACUUCCAACUUGCCCAGAUGGCCGACAAAAAACUUUGCAUUUAUAAACGACUUUCUCUUGGCAGAUGUUUUCACCUCAACACUUGCUCGAUCCAAAGCUGACCCAAAAAACAACUUUUCUUCUUUUUUCUCGUCUUGAUUGGAUGCUGCUUCAAUAACAAUACAAACCGGCAGCGAGAUUCCCUUAUAAGGCGCGAUUCUUCGCACCACUGCAAUGCGAAAACGCGAAGAUGAGCUUCCGUUUGGCGCGUCGCAAACGAGGAAGAAAGAAUGCCUCAUUUCUUUUUUUGGCCACUUUCCGUACCCUUUACUCGUCCCGCUUCAACCUUCGUUUUCUUCCCGAGAAAAAAAUCAUUUCUAUCUCCUGGAAAACGCACAGAGAGAAAGAAGAUUGAAGAAAAAUGAGGCAGACCUUUGAUCUUUUGAAAUUCGUGAUGUCCAAAAGUUGCCGGCGGGCAAUUUGACUAGAAACAUCAUUUGAACGGAACAUGACGGGGGCGUCGCCAUUUUAGGUCACAUUUGAAAGAUGUUUCUCUGAGAAACGUUCUGGUGUUUGGAUUAGGAAAAAAAAAGGAAAAUGCGAUUAUAGGCGUUUUUCCUUAGAAGCCGAUGCUUUUUGAGAGAUGUAAAAAAAUUAAUAUUUUUGAUUAAACAGAAAAGUAUGAUUUUCUAAGAAAGACGGUUGUUUCAGCUUUAUAGCAUUGCACGUUCCAAAAUCUCUUAACUUUUUCAUAAAGCUUUAUAAAAAUUUUUUGAUCAAGAGAAUUACAACGAGGCGAUUCGCUUAUGAUAAAUGACGCGUGUGGGAGACAGCAAGAUGCUCUCAGACUCGGCAACAAGUGAGCCACUGCCAACAGGAAUCCGCUUGGGAUUCCACAAGCUCCUUCACAAAAAUCUGCAGGCUGCCGUUUCAACAAAUAAACACAACUUUUACGUUUUCAAAAUGAAGUAUAUACGACCAAAAGCAAAAAAAAAUGUUUUUCUGAUUUCAAAAUUUUUUCUAAAAUCAUUUGACUCAAAAAAUAAUUAGGUAGACUACUCAUUUGAGAAAGAAAUUUUUGAGUAGAAAAUACUGGAUUAAAAAAAAGAGAAAACCCUAAGUUUGUUUCAAAACAAAAUUCAAAUGAGGUGAAAAAUCUCAAUUCCACAAAAAAAUCAAGUUAAUCUAAAAAACUAACGUUUUUUUUUUCAAAUUUUAGAAAAAAAGAUUGUUAAGCCGAGUAAGCAAACUUUUGCAAAACCUUAAUUUUUUUCAACAGAAUAAUUUCUACACGUUUUUUUCUUUCCUUUCUUUUUUUCACAUUACUUCAAAGUCGAAAAACAUGAUCCAGAACCAUAUUUCAGUGGUUAUUCAUUAAAAAAUCAGUCUAUUUUUUCAUCCUUUCCUCUGUAGAAACGUCCCAGAGAUUUAUUCUUUUUGCAAAAUAAUCCAAGGCCACUUCCAAAAACCUCUUUUUAUUUUGUUGUUGUCCCAAGGGUUUCGAAAAACGCUCUGCACGGAUGAAUCCCUCAGGAAAUAACCUGAAGAAGAGACCGCAGAAGCUUGAACUUUCUGGUGCUUCAGCCUUUAGAGGGCAUUCCCAAAGUAAUGAGGAAAAUGUAAUUAUGCCCAUAUCGCGGCCGACGCAAGGGACCCAAUAGCCGACGAAAUGAGCCAUUUUGCAUACAGCCAGCCGCCGACACGAAAAAGUGACGCGCAUGUCGCUCUCGAAUUCAAUUUCUCGUAUUUUUCAGUAAAAGAAAAAAGUUGUCCUUGAAAAGUUGUAGAAACAGUAGAAGCCAAAGUCUUUCCAAAGAGUGUUCCACAAUUUAUUUACGGGUUUUGGAACUCAGCCUUCGUUUGUUCGAAAGUAUCCAAUUGUACUCGCUAAGAAAGCGAAUCUAGCGCUUGGGAAAUCUUGGUGAAAGGGAUUUUCAGUUUUUUACGCUCUUAAUGCUCAGGUAUGAUGACUUUUCAUAUGAAGUGACAUCAAAUAGCAGAAAUCGUGAACCGUUUCUAGUCGGGUGCAUUUGAUAGAUCCGCUAUGCAACACUUCAUCAAAAAACCUAAAUCGGAUAUUUUUGAGUGGAUUGAAAAGUUUCAGAGCCAUAGUCAUUUUUAUAAGAAUUCAGUAGAAAAUUGCAUUUCUUGAAAAAUCGACUUGAAACAUCAUAAAAUGGGAAGAACAGGAAUUCCAUUAAAGUGAGCGGAAACGUCGGAGACGCUUUUUGAUUGGUUCUACCGUAAGACUGCCCGUUUCCAGAGCUCUCGGAGACGUUCGAUUUGCUCGACGUCGACAAAGACGGAAGACUUUCUCGCAAUGAAAUCGCCGCCCUCCUGCGCAUCAUUAAUGUCGAGCCGACGCGUGUGGAACUCGACUUCAUCUUUCAAGAAAUGGACAUGGAUCGUCAGUUUUUCUUUUUUUUUUGUCAAAAUGUCUUUUUGGAAUUGGAGGAGUCCUUGAGUUAGAGACGCCUGAUUGGAGUCACAAAAGGAAUCAUGUGGAUGACUGCUAACAUGAUUAAGUUGGAACUUGUUUUUCAAGACGGCAAAGAACCUCAAAUGAUUAGGCACAAUUUGGCCAAGCGAAAAAAAACCAAUUCAUUUUUUAUCGUUCGGGUCGUCCGCAAGAUUGGAAUCAGAAAAACACAAAUUUUUUGAUUUCUCGCUAAAACAAAAAAAAAGAAAAACCUUAUAUACUGGUUAUAAUUAACUUGAACGAUAAUUGAAAAAAAAGUGGAAAAUCUGCACUAGCUUAAAUUUAUUAUGAUUAGGUAAGAUGUAUAUUUUAAACCAAAAAAAUUUUUUUAAAAACCAUGCCCGGCAUAAAAAAAUAUGUUUGAAAUUUCAGAAACCGGAAAAAAAUCAGCAAAGAAGAGUUCAUAACGUACAUGCGCUCUCCGCCGGUGCAUCGCACGACCCUCAAAGAAAUCGAGAAACAGUUCAAGAACUUCGAUUCCGACGGCGACGGCGCCAUCACCGAAGGUAUUACAAUCUGCCAAAGUGCUCUGCGAACACGAGUUGCCGUUCAUUUUUUGACGCCAGCCUAACGUUGCGUGAGAAAAUUUUUGGCAAAUGGCAACCACAAACAAACAAUUCACCAAUAUACACAAACAGCAACGCAUAAGAGGGAAGUUGAAAUAGAAACUUAGUAUAAACAAAUCAAAUUACAAGCAUGACGUUCUACAGACAUUUUCCAGGAAGUGCAACCUUAGAUUUGAAAAAAAAAAGUAAUGAAUUUUCUAGGCGGAACCUAUCAUAUGACACUGAACGUUAUGCUUUCAAACAGGUAAACACAAAAAAAAAUGGAAACAUUUCCAAAGAUCUUCUUUGAAACGGAGAUUCUGAAAAUUCUCAGUUUGCCCCUCGCAUACUAGAAUCUAUUAAAUGAACGCCAAGUAUACCGAAAAAACUUAUUUAAAUGAGAAAAACUAGAACUACUUUUUUUAAAUAGCAAAAAAAUAAUUUUAAUAUCUGAAAAAAAAAAAUUAAUAGAAAAACUUUCUCAAUUGCUGAAACUUAAAAAGUUUCUUCCGACAACCAAGGAAAGCAUUUCUCAAGUUUUUUUUUCAAAAAGUGAAAAAAAUUUCUUUUCAGAAGAAAUGGCGGGGAUUCUUCGAGCAACAACGGAUCUUACCGAUGCAAAGGCCAUCCACGAAAUGUUCAAAGCUACCGAUCUCAACGGCGACGGCAGAAUCACAUUCUUUGAAUUUGUGAAAAAUGAUGCAAGAGUAAUUUUACGCAAUUAUGUUAACUGUAAUUGGAAAAUUAGAAGUUGAAAAUUUUCAAAAAUUGAACUCGAACUUUGCAAGUCUAUUCUUUGAUUUUAUUCACUGUGAUUUCCCAAAAGAUUUUUGGAGACCCACAGAAGGAGUUUGAUGAAGUUUCACAAAUCAUCAUUGCUUUUCAUUAGAUAUAAGAAUAGAUUUUUUACAACUAGCAAAAUAGUAUGGAUCGAGUCAAAAAAAGAUGUUUUCACAUAUACCGGUGGAUAAUAUCUUCAAUGAAUCAAUUUUUGGUCUUAGUUGUAUUGUUGAUAACUUUCCUGUAACUACUUUUUGUUAACCAGUGCGUAUCUUGUAUUGAAAAUCUUUCGUCGGUUGAGAUAAUAAAGUUUUGAAAAAUGCGUUUCAGCAAACAAGAAAAGUUUACCCCAUAACACAGACUCCAUCAUUGCAUUCACAUACUUUCUAAAAAGCCAAAAACAAGAAAAUCGACAGCUUUCUCGUGUUCUCACUUCCUAUUCAAAUAUAAGCAGAUAACUGCUUUUGCUGCGCCUACGACGGAAAAGCCUAAUUUUGGGCAAGGAGACGCGUUUUUUUCUCGACUCAAAAACCACACAAAACCAAAAUCCAGUGAUGGAUUGUUUAUUUAGAACCAUAAAUAUCUUCUUCAGAGGGCGCCCAUUUCUCCAGCGAGCAAUGCGUCAAAAAAACGAUGUGAUGCACUGAUAUACAGCCCAAGGGGAUCGCCAGGAAAAAAAAGAAGCAUGAUUGAGAACGAUGAUACGUCGCAUUUGAGGUCUUUGAAUGUAGGAGAAAAAAAAAUCCAUCAAAGUCAAUUUUUUUUGGAACCGAUACACGAAAGUUCUUUCCUUAAGAGAACAGAAAAGGUUAAUUCAGUUUCCUUUCUCAUAAACUUCAUUCGAACAAAGAAAUAAAUUAAUUAUCAAUGAAUGAGUUGGAUGUUUGGUAGUAGAAUUACGCGUUCCUCCUGAAAAAAUCCGGUAAGAAACUUUCAGCAGACUACCAACCAAGAAACACAUUUUAAGGACUAUAAUUUUCCAAAAAGGGGAGUUUGGGGUCUUAAUAUGGGUUUUUAAUUUGAGUUUUCUCUCAGUCUCAAAAGCGCUGAAAUUUAGUUCGAGAAUCAAUAUAAUCUACUUAAUAAAAAUCUAAGAAAUUUGGCAGGCUGCAAACUUCAGAAUUUACCUCCAGUAGAUUCUAGAAUUCUUUAGAAGUUUUCAGGUAUAUCUAAAGUUCUGAUUGGAAUGACUUGUUAGAUGACGAUUCAGUGAUAAGUAGUGCUUUAUAUUUCAGUUACUUCAUUGUUAUCGAUUGGUUCUCUGUGUGGUCAACAACGACGUUUGCUUCACUGUUAUAUUCACAACAGUAAAAAAAAACACAAUUUAUUUCUUUAUUGUCAGAACAACGCAAAUAAUUAAGAUACAGAUAGAAAGGAAAUAAUAUAACAAUCAUUCGUUUGGUUCGAAAAAAAUUCAAAAACCCUCGCUUUUCACAGGCUAAUCUAAUCACCAAAAAAAAGCUUCGAAAGCAAAAAUUUGGCAAAUGGUGGAGUGAUUUUUCAAUAAGUCUCAUCUGGUCACAGCUCUUAUCGAUGCCGAUUCAGCGAAAGUUUUUGAGUGGGUUGGUGUACAUGAAAAAGGAAAGGACUGAUAAGCUCAACUUAGAAGGGUGCUUCCCCGUCCUCAGAGCCAGUUUGUCUCCCUCAUAAAAUGGUCAGUUUCCUAGCUUUUUCAGAAAAUUUCCAUCAACUUUUUUGAAUAUACUUUGAGCGCCAAACCCUUCAGAAGCAGUUUUUGACCAUGAAAACCGUUUGAACUAUUUUCAGACAGGAGUUUUUAGAAUAAAAAGCUUUAUAGCUUAUAACGAGUUGAAACUUGAAAAAAAAUCUGUCUUAUAUGAAAUGCGUUUCAGAUUUGCUCCACUGUAGUUUCGUCGCUUCAAAACCUUCCUGCUGAAGUUUUGGUAGAAAUUCUUAGCCGGUUGAACCCUCACGACGUGCCAAACCUCAGAAGUGUUAACAAGAUGGUAUCCGGAGGAGUGCUCUUUUCCUGGAAGAAAUGGGAUUUUUAGAUCAACAACGUUAUUUUGAAUAACUACAAAUAUCUUCCCAGAAUCGCCUACGUUUUGAACAUCAGCCUAGACGACGGCGUCCCAAUGAUCCAUAUUCGGAAAUCAGGAUCGAUUUCUGGAAUCAGCGAGGUUCGCAUUGCUUUGAAAGUAUUCCAAAACAUGAAAACUAUAAUUACUGAAAACAGAAAAAUGUUUUCAAACCAGUUUCCUUAAUGUUCUGAAAAAAAUUCCGCCCAAAGAUUUCAAAGUUUUUUUUUCGAAUUUCGAAUAGUCGAUUAACUGGAAAACUAAAUUUUGUUCGGAAAAGUCCACCAAAUCAGUGAAACAGCCUCAACUAUCAAAGGGUACAAAGAAAAUUAAAUGUUCGGUGUUUCUUGGUCAGCUUAUCGCAUAAAUGGCCGUUUUCCUUUUCACUCGAAGUCACUCUUUCGUUUUUGAUAACGAACAAAAGCUUAUCAGAAAUAAUGGUCAAUUGGAGAAGUUUGAUCCUACAAUGUGCCAGGCUCCUCGUUGCACAAGCGCACCAAAAGAUAAACAGAGAGGUCAUUAUCAGAAGCAACGAAAAAGGGAAAAAUUAGUGUUUUUUCGAUUUUUUUUAGUUCUGAGUUCUAGUUUUUCGUUUCACUCAAAUCAAACGAAAUCCAUCAAGAAAAAGUCUAUUUGAAUCGAGAAAAACUUACAAGUAAUAAAUGUCAUCAAUUCAGAAGUACUGCGAAUUCGAUUUCUCGCGUUUGGAAGAGAUUGAUAUCGUUGAAGUUGAAGUUUUUGACAUGAAUUCCGAAAAAAGCGAGCAGUCGAUGCUUGUUUUGAAAAGCUUCAUGCAUUUUUUCACAGUCUCUCGUCAGAACUCAGUCAGGUGAAUAUUUGAAAAAACAAAAGAAAUCUAAAGAAUCAAUUUAAGGAGCGUUACUUUCAAAAACGUGAACUUGGACAGCUCAUUUAAUGAAGUUUUAUACACUUUCAAUCACCUGGUUACAUCUAACAGUGAGGUGAGAAACUGUUGAAAUUCUUCGGAAACUCUUCUUUUUAAGAAAAUUAUUGUUAUCGACUCUCAACUGCCAUCGCUUCUCGAUUCUGAUCAAAUCUCAUCCUUCGCUUUUGAACAUUACAAAUGCAUUGGAAGUGCUGUUGGGGAAGAAACGCAAACAAUCUGUGACCUGGUCCUCCGUAAAUUCACACAAGAAAUGACGACCGCAACUACAAAGCUCUCUUUUUUGGCAGAAUUCAACUCGGUUUCCGUGGGAAAAAUCUGCGAUUUUAUCGAGGUACAAUUUUCACGCAUUUUUCAAAUAUUUUUGAUGAAAACCCAGAGAUCGCUUAACUGGAAACUAGCUCAAUUACUUUUGAAGCACUAAGUUAAUAUCUUGGAAUUAGUCUCAUCUUUUUCCUAAAAAUGGGCGCUCCUUUUCUGUGAGAUGAGCUUUGAGAUUUUUUUGAACCUAUGCAAAUCAAAACUCUGAGGAAAAAAAACUAAAAAAAAUAUUGGAUGCAAAAGUAAAAUGAGCUUUUUUUCUGAACAGUUUUAUUUCUGCUCAUUUCAGACAUGGCUUUCUUGCUCUAUCGCUCCCUAUUUCAAUAUCUGUCUUCACGAUUGCGAUGAGGACUGGAAAACACAUUUUUUGGCAGCGUGUUACCAAAGGAGACUAUCUCACAAUAACUUGGAAUUCCCUUCCUUAAAAAAUGAGACGGCUCAUAUCAAAGUCAGCUUCUCCAUGGUUUGUAAACGAAAGAAGGAUAAUGGGAAUGUGUUCCUUUUGCAGGAAACAAAAAUGUGUUGCUUCUGGCCAAUUUUCGAUGUCCCUGCACGUGCAAUGGGUCAAAAUUCUUGUUAUUCUCGAUACUAUCGCGAUUUUUAA